UUAAACCGAUCUGUUCCAACGGUUCAGAUAGAACAGACAGAAUGGGAGUAUGAAGCUCCCAAAACCGCGUGGGAGCAUCGUAGCCGGACCCCCUUGUUCUAGUUCUUGUUCUUGUUCUUCAAAGGGGGUUUUGAAAGUCUCAACUACUCUUUCUCUCUCGACUUAAUCGAAGGAACCCCACCCACCCACCCACCAUGGAAAACGAAAGCUUUUUAGUACUCCAUUAGAAAGUGAAAAGAUAGACAGACAGACAGAUUUCAUAUCGUACUAUGGGUAUGGGGGGUUUGGUUGGUUGGCUGGUCCCUUCCCUUCCCUUCCCUUCCCUUGCCUUCCUCCUCUCUUUCUCUUCUUCAUCUUCCGAUGGGGAAAACACAAUUUCUGACGACUAUCUGUUUGACUGAUGCUAAGAAUUCCUCCAAUUCGACUCAACACAUCGCCAUACAUCCGUCUUACACAUCAUUAUACUAGUUGGUUGUUUGUUUCAAAAUCCCAAACUUUUACUCCUCAGAUCGAUCCAUCCCUUUUUGCACCCUUGACUUCCUUUGCGCCCCUCUUUCUUCAAUCCCCUAUUUCGUUGCUUCUUUCUCUCCGUCUAUACUUGUACCAACCAAAAGUUGAUGAUGUCUUUUUCUUUCUUUUGAAUUGGUUUCUGAUUGGAAUCUGUAACCUGGAAUCCUUGAAGCUGAUAACAUGAUUUCGUCAUGGAAAUUUUGACCGUCGGUGGCAAGCUGCGUCCCUUUGUCUGCACAUUAACAGAUGGAUGAAAAUUCAGAAGGUAUGUCACAGGAAUUGCGUCAAUCCACUGUGAUUGGUCGCAUGUACGGUGCUUCAGUUAUUGGUCACACGAAUCAUGCACCUGUUGUUGACCAUUCUGACCUGCCAGCAGCAUGUGUAUUAUGCCAAAGAAUCCUCUCACCUGAUAAUGAGGCUGGGCAUCUUGAAGCAUUCAGUAUGUGUGGAGAUUGUAAGUUCUUAUUUCUCGAAGAAUUUGGAACUCCAACAGUAGACGCUCAUCGGAGGCAGACAACCAGAGUCAGUAGAACAAGGCACAGCAGUUCUGAGUCAAUUGAGAAUUUUUUUUCACAGCAGUUUUCACAUAUGAUUAGCCUUGCGAGGCAAAGCCCCUCAACUGCACCUGAUAAUGAAAGUCAGACUGCAGACACCGAUGCUGCUGCCAGGUUCCUGCAGCUUUCACGUCCCCGAAGCACUCCAAGUGGGUCCAGAAGAUGGAGGAGGGCACUGUCUGAUACUGAAAGUGAGGGGUUUGAUUCUCUUUAUGGAGAGAGUGAAUCAAAUGUCAGCUUUAGUGGAUACAGGCCUUUCCAGAGUGAGAGUGAUGCCAUUUCAUAUAGUGCUUAUGGAGGGGAUUCCGAUGCUUCUGUGGAUGGACAUAGUUUCCUGGAUACUGAAAUUUUUAUCCACGCAGAUGCUGGAAGUGAUAGUGACACUGAUACAGAUAUUGACCCCAUGCGUGCUGGUCUCAACCAAUGGAACUCAGAUGACCAAGAAGAAGAUGACGAUGAUGAAGAAGAAGAAAAUGAAUGGGAAGAAGCUGAUGCUGAGGAAAAUGAUGCAGAAUCUUCUGCAGGGGUUCACCCCCAAAGUUCAUCAGGUCGAAUUGCAAGCAAUGGGCCUGUAACUUGGCGUGGACAGCUUCGUUCUCCUGAACUUGAGGGAGCCAUUCAUGUUAGAAUAGGGGAAAGGAGACAAACAUAUAUUGCUGACUUACUUGCUAACUUGGAGGGACCAGUGGGACUGCCUUUUGUUGGGAAUUCCAGGGAUUAUGUGGAUUCAAGGGGCUUUGAUGAAUUGCUUGAGCGUCUUGCUGAGGCUGAUGACUCAAGACGAGGAGCACCUCCUGCAGCUGUGUCCUUUGUGAAUAGUUUACCUCGUGUGGUCGUCAGUGAAGAGCAUGAGAAGCAGGAUGGUUUGGCAUGUGCAAUCUGCAAGGAUUUUCUCUCUGUUGGGACUAUUGUAAAUCAGCUACCUUGUUUUCACCUCUAUCACCCUUCCUGUAUCUUACCCUGGCUAACAGCACGGAAUUCAUGCCCCCUUUGUCGGUAUGAGCUUCCAACUGAUGACAAAGAUUAUGAGGAAGGCAAGCGGAACACUACUAGCUCUAGUUUAGAGAUUAAUGAAAUCCAGCCGCAGGAGAUGAGUGAGGAGGAUAGUUCGUCAGACAUUAAUGAUGAUGGUGGAGUAGGUGGAAUGCAGCAGGCAGAUUUUGUAAGGGAGGAACGUGAGCAUGCCACAGGGGACACAACAAGAGGAAGGUGGUUGUUUCUUGCUGCUGCUCCAAUUGUCAGUCUUGUAGGCAUUGUUCUUGUGUUGUGGUUGGGCAAUCCUCUGACAGAAAGAAGAGGGCCAAUUGGCCACCAUGACUUCCCAGGACAGGGACAGCAUCCUAAUCGCAGUUCUCGCUCCUGGCCACCCAACCAUAGGGAGAACAGGAGCAGGAGGUGGUGGUCGUUGUUCUAAGUUCUCUGAUUAUUAGAAUCUGAUCUUAGUGUUUUCCUGUUAAAAAGGUGUUGUGAUUCUGUGGAUGUGUUCAUACUCUUCUGGUUGAGUUCUUGAAUUGGUGAGUUUGGGCCUUUUUGACAGAGUUCUUUUUAUUCUUAUGAGUUGGAUUUGGUUCAAGUCCGUGCAGAUUCAAAGUUCUUGAUCAAUAAUUCCACAUGCUCCUGCAAAUGAUAUCUGUCAACUGACGUGGAAUACCGCAGCCAUGACUUCAGAUAGGGCAUCGUCCCCAAAAUCCAUGUGGGAAUGUAUGCUCUAUUUUCGUCCCUCCAUGUUAGGAAUGGUUUCCAUGUGGGAAUGUAUGCUUUAUUUUCCUCCCUCCAUGUUAGGAAUGGUGCAAAAGUUAAAUUUGACGAACAAGUUGUGACUCGUUUUGAGAAGUUGAAAAUGGGAACCCACGAUAGGAAUUGAAUCCUGGACUUGUUCCUGGUAGAGGGAAAAUUUAGAAUUGGUGCGUCCCUUUCUUCUCUUGUGACUUGUUUCUAUAUAAUACCAAGGAAAAUUAGCCAUAAAAUGGUUUUCAUUUAAGAGGACACCAGCAAAAUAGUUUUCAGCAGAGGUUUUUCAAUUUUUUUAGUUUUUUAGCUAUAAUAUCACCACAUGUUUAGACACUUUCAUAUGAUUUUAUGGUGCAUUUUUCUAUUAUAAGAUUUUAAUGGUUUAGACACUUUCAUAAGGUACCAUAGGGUUUUAGGCACUUUCCUAGGAUACCAAUAUUUGUUCUUAUGUUAGAUUGCAAAAUAUGCUUGUCCUCGAGCUCAAAAAAUGAAAAUAUAAGGGAUUUUUGUCCAAGUCCCUUUUAAUUAAAUACCCACCCAUACAACAAAGACGGUAAAGACAUGAGACAACAGCGAUGUUUGAGAUUCGAAUUGAAAAUACCAAUACCCUCGCAAAAAGAUAAAGAAAAGAAAAGAAAGAACUGGUUAACCAAAGAUGAAAGUGAACAUGAAUAUUAAAUUAGCUGGCUACCUAAAACAAGUUUGUUGGAUCGUAGAAAAAAGAGAGGCUAAAACACAUAUAAUAGCGGCAGAGCAAAAUCAUGAAGCGCCUUCUGGCAGCUCUUUUUCACACAUUUCUCAUGGUUAUCCUUUUCGAUUUACUAUUAACACGGACUUCUGAAGAAAAACAGUGGAAGGGGGUAAUGCCAUUGUGACAACCAGCCACAGAUAGCGAAUGGUUUUGCCAUAAGAUGAUACUCAGACGAGUAACAGCUGCUCCCUUCCCCUCAUUUCAGCCCAACAG